AGGAUCCGACCUCCGGACAGAGCCCUCUCUAGUCGACGGGCCUGCCCUUUAAACUGUUAAAGCCUCUCCAUUGUUGUUUUACGCGCUUCCUCUGAUUAUUUCUAACGUUUUUACUGUUUACUGCUUUAUUGACCCCAGCCCCUCGGCACUUGCACGUCGAGUGGCCAUUUAAGGAGGGGCAAAAGUGUCAUUAGCGGCCGACAAAGACAAAUACAGUGAUGCGCUGCAAUUACCUGCUAUCAGAAUUUACAAUUCGAGGAUAAAACAAAAUAGAAGACUAUAAGAAAGUAUAGUUUUUUUUUUUUUUUUUCUGAGCAAGAGAUAAAAAGAAAUCACCUGGCUCCCAUGCUGGCUGUUAAAGGUCCGCUCCUUUACACCCUCAGCCAUGCCUGCAUCUACCAAGCCAACCAGGAGACAGACACCUGCUCAGAGAAAAAAAGCACAGAGAGGGGCCAGCGGCAGGGGCCAAACCUGUAACUCCCAGAAAACCCCGGCAGAAUCCACAAGGUCAACAGCGAGAACCAACCAGGCCAAGUCUGGCCGAAGUCCACGUGGGAGCGGGAAGGAUCCCGGGAGGUCCCCUGGCAGAGGUAGCCGUGCCGCCGCCAACGUAACGGGAUCCGCUCGGCUCAGACGGUCGAGCAGUCUGCCCGACAGCCCCCUCGGGCAGAGGAAGUCCCAGCGGGGAGCGCGAGUGUCUGUUGCUCCCUGCCAGUCUCCUAAAGCGUGCACAGGAGGGAAAAACAACAGGAGGGGGAGCAGCGGGAAGAGAGCCGCAUCCCGGCAACGGAGCACGAGAAACAAGCCCUCGAGCGUCAGCGUCGACGAUCCCUCUGCAGGUGGAGAUAACGAGAAGCCAGACAACAAAGAACCCCCAAGAACUUGUCAUGAGGACGGCGUUGAAGCCGCAGCUAGUCCUGAGCCUGACGACGCCACAGAGGGCACCUCUCUUGAGGAGGACACGCAGGGGGUCGAUGUGUGUGACGGCCUUGUAACCGAAGACGAAAAGUCCGUCAGCAGUAACGGUGAAGGCGACUCGAAGAGAGCUCCUGGGGAUGCAGCUCGUGACGACAGUGACGGACGACUGGGUGACGGGGAGGGAGAUCGCGCCUCUGGCCCCUCGGAGUUAGCGAGCAGCGGCUCAUCGGGGGCGCAGGGCAGCGGUGAGAAAAGCGACACCUCAUCCGUCCGUGGUGAUGUCAGUAGCGGUGAGCAGGAUGAUGGGGGCACGGCCCAGCCGGAGGGGGGCGAAGAGCUGACCCCCAGUGGGAGCAGGACAGAAAAACGCGCGUUGGUUGUCGCGGGGAAAGACGGCGAGGGUUUGGAAGCAGAGACGGAGGUGGAGAGGCGACACCAGGCGAUGGGAGAGAAGGAAGAAACUGCUGUGAAGCUGGGCGGUGGCGAGCGUGAAGACAUGGGGGGAAAGGAAACCCAAACCAGCACUCCGACUCGUGAACCCCCUGAUCUGCCUCAUCGUGACCCGCCGACGGCACAGCCAGAGUCGCCUGUGCGUGUGUUCUCCAACGCAGCUACCUCAGAUCCCACCAAAGCUCUCGCCGCCUCGCGUUCGUCUGAGCUGGAGGCUGCGAGCCAGGCAGAGACGGAUGUUCAACCUACCGUUCACGGUGCUAAAGCCCAACCCGCGGGGUCCUCGACCAUUCCUGACGGUGCUCUGAAGGCGACGACUGUUAUAGUGACCAGGAAGACGCCGGUUAUUAUCUGCCGGGACUCCCUGCAACCAAGGAGGCUGGGGGAGUCCGACCUAAGAGAAACGCCCGCUGCUCGGGGAGAAAGGCUCGCUUGCACACCAGAAGAGACCAAAGAUGAAGGUGAAAUAAAUAAAGAGAUGCCCUGUCCCUCCCUUUCACUACCUAGCGAGUCAAACACCAAACCCCUCACAGGAAGACACGAACCAAACCUCGCUGCGGACGGCGCUCGGGUGGCGACGCCGGAGCACGAUCCGUUGCCAAAGAUCUCGUCUCCCUUCGUGGACAGCAGCUCCACCAUGUCCUGCAGCUCGGAAAGCACCCGCUCCUCGUUUUCCUUCGACACGGAGUCAGAGACGGGGUGUGGGGACGCCGGCUUCUCCGCUUUGCCCGGACCCUGGGGGCCAGAGGGGAAGGGCCCGCUCCCCUACCCGCCCCUGAAGUCGCUGAGGAAGGGGAGGAAGAAGCGCAGCAGGUGUGGGGCGUGCGAGCCGUGCCUCAUGAAGAUUAACUGCGGCCGGUGCAGCUGCUGCCUCAAUCGCAGGACCGGCCACCAGAUCUGCAAGCUUAGGAAGUGUGUGGAGCUCAAGAGGAGGAGACCUUCGUCUGGAAUCGGUCGAUGUGAUGCACAGGUGGCUCCGGAAAUCGGUUUGGUAAAUGGCAAAGGCAAGGCACAGAUGGAGGAUACCCACGUGGCAGCGGAGGAGGACGAGGAGGAGGAUGGCCCCACACCUCAUCCUCAAUCUCCCGUCAUCGUUCAGUCAUUCGCCAACCAAGGUGGACGUCCAGCACUUAUUAAAAGAGAGCCAGAGAUAGAUUUGACCAACGCUGCACUUCACCGACACAUAUGCUCUUCUGUGACUAAUCAGAAUGGUUCUGAUGAGAGUUUUACAAAGCCUAAUGGUGCUAACGGGACCGAUGGGUCUCAGUCUGAUCUGAAAUCAGCACGUAAAAGGACCACAAUGGCAACAGAGCUUCAAAGGACUAUAAUCGCCGCAAUCCCGAAAGACAGCUCCGAGAAUGGGCCAAGGACGCCUCCAGACGACAUGCCAGUUCCACUAAAGAAGAUCAAACUGGAGGAGCCGUGGCUGUGGAUCACUGAGCAGACCACCGCGCCGCUGAGUAGAGAAGGUGAUGAUACGUGCGAAGACCCACUGUCGAUGCUGGCGGCGGUGGUGUGCCUGUCCGUCACAGAGAGGAAGGGGCUGGAGGAGAAACUUCUCGGGACACGGCCUUCGAUUCUGCACUCCAUCAAAACAGAGCCGCCAGAUUUGCACUUUGUCAAAACAGAAAAAGACGAGUUGAAGAAAAGCACUCCUGCUCAUUUGCAAAGGACUCUCCAGGCGGUCAAAAGUGAACCUCAAAGCGUCCUGUUGCCCAGCGUGCAGUCCUUGGCGGAGAGAAGAAACCUCAGUUUUGAUCAGGCUAUUGCUAUCGAGGCCUUGACCCAGCUGGCCGUUAUACCUCAAAGCCCCUCAGGUCCCAUUAAAGCCGAACGUAAUGGUGAACUUCCCAUCUCUUCCCGUUCCCCCCCUUUCACCACAAAUCCUGCACGGCAAGAAGCUAAACCAGCAUCAGCCAUCCACUACAACAAAGUCUCGGUCAUCAGCUCACCACAACACCAGACGUCAGUGAUACGCCCCCCUGUGGCCAGGCAGGGGAAUGUCAUUCAAUGCUCCCGAAGGUUGAGCUCCGACACAAAACCUCCUGUGCCCGACAUGGGCUCCAGCUGCAGGGAGACAGGGAAGGGUCAUGUUCCUUGUGUCAUCAAUUCACAGUUUAGCUAUAAGGACUCCGUCCACCGAGAGUCCAGCAGGGAUCACGAGCGACUGGCGGAGGACAGGGAAAGGUGCGUCAAUAAAGUGAGAAGGAACAGGGACGAGGAGGAAGUGGCAGCUCAGCUGGCCGAUCUGGCCUUCAUCAUCCAGACGCGACACAAUCAGCAGUCAGAGAACGACCCCCCUAAGGGAACACCCGUGUCAGCCAUAAAGUACAACUACAACUCCCAGAAAGCCCCCGGUCAGAGAAAGCCCCCCUUAAAAAAAACCAAAACUACGCCCUCCAAGCCCAGGAAGAGGAAAAGCGACGGAUUACAAGAGGGCGGCAGCCACAGGGCCCCGCUCUCUUCAAGGAUGCCAGCCGGGGAGAGGAGCAGAGGCCAGAACGGUCUCCCGCACGGGAAGUCAAGCCGUCUCCGCAAGUACAACUUAUUUUUGCCUCUGGCUCAAAUCGAGCUGAAGAAGUACUUGGCUGAGGCUCAGGAGGGAAUGAGGCAUCUGAUCCAUCAAAGUAACACACACAGUACGCAAAGUCUGACUCAAAAUCCCAGCGCCCUGUCAACUACGAACCUCGGUGGGGCGCGGGCAAACCAGCCGUGGUCUCCUAACGGUCUGCCUCACCAACACAAUCAAUGCAACGGCUUCAUUGCGGGACCAGAGGAGUGCCAUGUGUCCUCUCAGGUAGCGGCGCCUGUUGGUGAGCUGUGGCACAGUGCCGAUCCCACAACCAGCCCCGCAAAACCAGCUUUUCCCAGCAACGCCAAUGGGUUCCAUGUUCUGACGAAUGGCUUUUCAGGGCCUCCUGAUUCCCCUCCCCCAAGCCAGCAGAGCUACUACAAGUUAGAGACGUCAGGGUCCGUCACUGUCCUGUCCACGGCUGCCGACGGGGCUCAUCCUGCGGAGUCGACGCCAACGAAGAACGAUGUCAACAGCUUCCUGGAGUCUCCUAUGAGUUUUCUGGAUACCCCUAUCAAGAACCUGCUCAAUACGCCUUCCAAGAAAAUGGCGGAUCUUCCAUCCUGUCAGUGUGUUGACCAGAUCAUUGAAAAGGAGGAAGGCCCUUACUACACUCAUCUUGGGGCAGGGCCCAACGUGGCUGCUGUGAGGGAAAUGAUGGAAAACAGGUAUGGCGCCAAAGGAAAUGCAGUGAGGGUGGAGGUUGUUGUCUACACAGGGAAAGAAGGCAAGAGCUCCCAGGGGUGUCCCAUAGCUAAAUGGGUGAUCCGACGUGAGAGUGAAGAGGAGAAGCUGCUUUGUUUGGUUCGCCGAAGGCCAGGGCACUACUGCGAGACAGCCGUGUUGGUGAUCCUCAUCCUGGCGUGGGAGGGAAUCCCUCGUGGGGUGGCGGACCACCUUUACCAAGACCUCACACAGACCCUCUUUAAAUAUGGCUCCCCUACCAGCCGCCGCUGCGCCCUCAAUGAAGAUCGCACGUGUGCAUGCCAGGGUCUGGACCCAGACACGUGUGGAGCCUCGUUUUCCUUUGGCUGUUCCUGGAGUAUGUACUUCAAUGGCUGCAAGUUUGCCCGCAGCAAAGUGCCCCGAAAGUUUCGUCUGCUCGGAGACCUUCGGGAGGAGGAGGAGAAGAUCGAGAACAGCCUCCAGAGUUUGGCCACUGAUCUCGCCCCACUCUACAAAAAACUGGCUCCUGCGGCGUUCCAAAACCAGGUGGAGUAUGAGGCAUCAGGGGACGCUUGCCGUCUGGGCAGGAAGGAGGGACGACCUUUUUCAGGGGUUACAGCCUGUGUAGAUUUCUGUGCCCACGCUCACAAAGACACCAGCAAUAUGAACAACGGCAGCACCGUGGUUUGCACUUUAACAAAGGAAGAUAACCGCGCAGUGCGGAAUAUACCGGAGGACGAACAGCUUCACGUUCUCCCGCUCUACAAGAUCUCGGACAGAGAUGAGUUUGGUCAGCCUGACGGCCAGUGGGCCAAGAUCCGGAGCGGCGCUUUGCACGUUCUCUCCUCCUUUCCCAGAGAGGUGCGUCUGCUGGCUGAGCCUGUGAAAUCUGCUCGUAAAAUACGACAGGAAGCUCGUCUAAAGGCUCAGGCAGAAAAGAUGGAGAAGAAGCUUGGGGUGUCUCCUCUCACUCCUGGGAAAGUCAAAUCUGAAACCCCCAACAAAGAGCCACAAGGCUUCUACAGCUCUUACAGAACGCCACCGAGACCCACCAGCAUUGGCAGGUCCCCGCCAGAGAGGAACCAGCCCCCUGCCUACGGCCAGAGCGUCAGCGGCGGCUCGCCUGCAGGUGCAGGGGUCCUCCCCUCCAGCCACCGUGGCGUAUCAAGCCUCGGCUUUGAGCAGAACGGGGUAGCCGUCGGCUAUCACGCCGCGGGUAACACUAUGAGUGGAUUAUCUCCAACUCCUGGAGAGCAGGGUGCUUUGUUAGAACACAUACCUCCACAGAACAUCAGCAAUGGCUAUCCCUUUAAAGCUGAGCCCAGCGAGGUGCGCUGCUCUGCUCUGCACAGACUGUCCCCCUCUUCCUUCUCCCCCAGACCUACCUCUGAGGGCCUCUACAGCAGGCUCAACGGACUUCUUCGGGCUGCAGAAAGUGUCGCGGGAGAGGUCGGGGGUCACGACCUCCCUCCAGGCCAAUCGCUCCCCUCGCAGGCUCCCCCGCUCGAACCGCAUAAGACGGAGCAGGAAGAGGUGUGGUCCGACAGCGAGCACAACUUCCUGGACGAGGACAUAGGCGGGGUCGCCGUGGCGCCGUCGCACGGCUCCAUCCUGAUCGAGUGCGCACGGCGCGAGCUCCACGCCACCACCCCCAUCCUCAAGCCGAACCGCCACCACCCCACCCGCAUCUCCCUGGUCUUCUACCAGCACAAAUCCCUGAACGAGCCCGGCCACGGGAUGGCGAUGUGGGACGCCAAGGUGGCCAAGCGGGAGCGGGAGCGGGAGGAGGCGGAGAGGCUGCGGACGGAGGGGAGCAACGGCGAGGCGAAGAGCAGGAAGACAUCAGGGGACGGAAAGGGAGAGGAGGACGGGGAGGAGGAGACGGAGCAGGCAGGGAGGGCAACGAAUGUCCCGACGCGCCAGGCUUGUACCGCGCCGACGGGCGGGGUCACCACCGUGUCUCCCUACGCACUUACACAUGUGACGGGCCCUUACAAUCGCUGGUCUUAGUCGCCGUGUUUCAGCAGACUCACUCAAAACUCCUACACCAUGGUUCUGCCUUACCUCAUUCAGCUUCAGACCGCUACUCUCAUCGUUAUCGUGUGGGUUUUUUUUUUUUAGUUUUUUUUAAUUGUGCUUUUCUAAUGUCUGCUAACUUUGUCCUUCUUUGAGUUUGCCUUCUUCGGCGAUGAGAAGGACCAAAGUUUGUUGGCUUUUUAACUGUGAGUUUCGGUGCUGGUUUUUAAUGUAAAGAGAUGGUGCUUUGAAGCAAGAUGUUUUUAAACUGAUUUUAUACACAGGAUUUAGAAGAAAAAAAAAAGAUGUGAUUAUUUAUUCUUAUCAUAACAAUUUCUAUUUAAUUUCUGAUGUAAGCCUGUUUACUGCAAGAUGUCUAUGAUACCCUGCUUUAUAUUGUACACUAGGAGUGUACCUGGGUGCCAUUCUCACUGUAACCGUGGUUUAGCAACUUCUGUGCUUCACACAAUUUUAUUUACUACAGAUUGUCACAUGUAGCAUUGUGCUUUUUCCUUUCGCUGCCUCCGUCUUGUGUUGCAGUGACGUGCGGUGAGGUUCAUGACUGGUGAGGCACUGACGCCUCGGGAGUCGGAUGCACAACUAUAUGAACUUAAAAUAGAAGCUUUUGUGUCAAUUUUGUCUUUAACUUAAACAUUUAGUUGUUUUAAAAGCUUUUAAUAAUUGUUUAAUCAAUUCAAGACAGUUCAAUAAUGCAAUAGCAAGAAAGACAAAGUAAUAGUUUAUUAUAAAAUUUGAUCUUUUAACUUUUUUACGCUAAUCUCCCUUUUAUUUUUUAAAUUGAAAAUUGUGUAUGAUCUUCUUACUUUUAUUUGUGUAUGAGGUCUUUGCGCCUAUCUCUCUCUAUGAAUAUCCUCAUCAGUGUGAGGUAAAAGCCAUCCUUGUUUGCCUUUAUUUUUAAAACUCUUGUCAUAUUCUGACUGGAUGGCUUCCAGUCUUUUCAAUGAGGAGAGAACAAAUGGAAAAUAAAAUAUGAAAAUAAAAAGGCAAGUAGAGCAGGAAAAGGCGCAGUUUUUAGAUGUCGUUUUUUUAAUUUGCCAGAACAAAUUGCAGUGAGUGUACCUUUAGUCUUCUUGGUGCCACAUCCAUCCGCACCUUCUGCGCCAGCUGCCUGCAUCUGUCAGCGCGCGCCAUCAUAGGGGAGGCACAGCUCCUCGCUGCCGUGCCCCGCCCACGUAUUUUAAUUAGGCAAGGCAAGUUUGUUUGUAUAGCACAUUUCAGUAACAAGACUAUCCAAAGUGCUGAACGAGCAAUGCGUAAAUUCAGCAACUUUAACCAUAACAAUUUUAAAAUCAUACUGAAAACAAUGUUAUAGAACAGCCAAGUGGUCAAAUUGAUUUUCACUUAUCAUUGUUAGUAUUUUACCUGUCAUGGUGACAGCAGAGGAAGUGUCCCACCUGUGUCCCCUGACCGCACGUCACUGCUCUGUUGGUGGUUAGGGAAAGAAAUGUACUUAUUUGAUUCAUUUUCUGUUCUGUUUUUUUCCUUAUUUAGAUAUUCUAUUUCUUGAACUCACAGCUAUAGAUGGCAUAAUGAGAAGCACAUUUUUUUCAUUUCCCUUAACAGUGCGUAGGCCUGCACAUGUACGUACUGACAGAGAUACUAUACAGUAAAUGUUACAGUUAAGCAUGUACUGUGUUUUA